CUGAUAGGCGGCACUGACUGGCACUAAUAGGUGGCACUGAUUGGCAGCACUGAUAGGUGGCACUGACUGGCACUGAUAGGUGACACUGAAAGGUAGCUCAGAUGGGCACUGAUAUGUGGCAUUGAUGUGCACUGGUAGGCACUGAUAUGUGGCAUUGAUGAGGCACUGAUGAGCACUGGCAGGUGGCAUUAAUGAGCAAUGACAGCUGGCAAUGCUGGGGCUACACUGAUCAUCAGGGCACUGAUCAUCGGUGCCCUGAUGAUCAGCGAGCUGUCAGCGUGACAGAUCGUGAGGAGAGAAAUGCCGAUAACCGGCAU